GGCGGUCUGCUCGCUGCUACUGGCCUCCCCGGCUGUUAAAAGCAGAUGGUGGUUGAGGUUUGUUCAAAGCCGGCUGCCUCUGCUAUGAAGAAGCCCUUUGGUCUCAGGAGCAAGAUGGGCAAAUGGUGCUUCCCCUGCUUCCCCUGCUGCAGGGGGAGCGGCAAGAGCAACGUGGGCACUUGGGAAGACUACGACGACAGUGCCUUCAAGGAGCCAAGGUACCAGGUCCAUCGAGAAGACCUGGGCAAGCUCCACAGAGCCGCCUGGUGGGGUAAAGUCUCCAGAGCCGAUCUCAUCGUUAUGCUCAGGAGCACUGAUGUGAACAAGAGGGACAAGAAAAAGAGAACUGCUCUCCAUUUGGCGUCUGCCAAUGGGAAUUCAGAAAUAGUAAAACUCCUGCUGGGCAGAAGAUGUGCACUUCAUGCCUUUGACAGCAAAAAGAGGACAGCUCUAAUAAAGGCUGUACAGUGCCAAGAAGAUGAAUGCGUGUUAAUGUUGCUAGAACAUGGCACUGAUCCAAACCUUCCGGAUGUGUAUGGCAAUACCGCGCUACACUACGCGGUCUACAAUGAAGACAAAUUACUGGCCAAAGCACUGCUUUUAUACGGUGCUGAUAUUGAAGCAAAAAACAAGUGUGGCCUCACGCCACUUCUGCUUGGCAUACAUGGACAAAAACAGCAAAUGGUGAAAUUUUUAAUCAAGAAAAAAGCUAAUUUAAAUGCCCUUGAUAAAUUUGGAAGAACUGCUCUCAUACUUGCUGUAUGUUGUGGAUCAGCAAGUAUAGUUAGCCUUCUACUUGAGCAAGAUAUUGAUGUAUUUUUUCAAGAUCUGUCUGGGAAAACUGCCACCGAUUAUGCUGUUUCUAGUCAUCAUGACAUAAUUUGCCAAUUACUUUCUGACUACAAAGAAAAACAGAUGUCAAAAAACUCUUCUGAAAACAGCAAUCCAGAACAAGACUUAAAGCUGAACUCAGAAAAAGAGCCACAACGGCUUACAGGAAUUGAAACUAGCCAUCCAGAGAGAACCACUGUGCCGGGGUACCAGCUAAACAGCCGUAUUUCUCUUAGCCAUAAGAAAGAAAAAGAUCUCUUGCAUGAAAAUCAUGGGUUGCAGGAAGAAAUUGCCAUGCUAGGACUGGAACUAGACACAAUAAAACAUCAGAACCAGCUAAGGGAAAAUAAAGUUUUGGAGGACAUUGAAAGUGUGAAAGGAAAUAAUGCUGAUAUUCUAAAGGCUAUAAAAUUGGAUAAGGGAAAAAUGAACAAAAACAAUAUUUAAGUACAGUGGAC